UGUGUGAAGCAGCCCGUCCCGUCCCCACAAUGGUCCUGUACACGACAGAGUUCGACUCCCCGUUCCUGGGCAGCCUCCACACGGGGGCGUGGUCCCUCAUCUUCCCCUGCUAUUGGUCCAUCAACCGCCUCGUCUCGCUCUUCAUCGCCACGGACGACGAGCUGGCCAAUCGGGAGGAGGACCCGUGCUACGAGCACUUCCUGCAGCUGUCCUUCCUCGUGCCGUUCUACUUGGCGGUCUCCGUGGCGACGAGUCCGCUGGCGCUGCUGGGAUUCGUGGUGUGGGCGCCGCUGCAGGGCUGGCGGCACCCGUACGUCUACUCCUGCUCCCCGGACACAAGCAACCACUACGUGCCUUGGAGACACCCGCGGGUCGGCAAGUCGUUCGUGGCGGGCACGGCGAACCUGUGCCUGCUCCCGGAGUGCGCCGCCAGGUACAACAACCUGCGCAGGACUCAGUGGCGGGCGCGCGAGAUCGGGCACCGCAUCGCCAGCUCGCAGACCAGCCCGAAGAUAAACAUCGUGGUGGAGUCCCCGUCCGAGGAGCAGUCGGACUCGGGUGUCGGGACUGUCCGGCGCGACGUGGAGAGUUUUGACUCGCGGGUCAGCAGCCUGCCGUCAUCCAGCCAGUCGGGGAACGUGCACCACGCGGUGCAGCUGCACGCAGAGCCGGCGGGCAGCAGGCACGAUCCCAACGCUCCGUCCUGCAGCAGACAUGAUCCCAACGCUCCGCACAGACAUGAUCAAAACUCGCUGUCCGGGGACGCCAGGAGGCCGCCGCCCGUCAUGUGUAACGGGUUCAUCCCCGGGUCGCAUGCCGGGAACAAGAUGAUCCACAUCAAGAGGCUGCCCCUGGACGGCGCCUGUGCACCCCCUCCCUCAGACUCCGCCCCCCAGGACGGGUCGGACACGACGUCGACGGAGGGCACCCUGUCCCCGGUGUCGCCCUCGUCCACCCUGGAGUACAUGACGGCCUGCUCCAGCCUGUACCACACCGCCUGCUCCACGCUCGACUCCGGCAUCGCCGUGCUCGACGGCCGCCCCGACGCGAACCAGCCGCCGUCGCCGCGCCCGGACGUUUCCCACGACAUCAGCGUCGUGUUCCCGUACCAGCUGGACUUCCUCUGCCUGCAGGAGGUGUUCGACAAGCGGGCCGGCGACCGGCUGGCCAGGCAGCUGCACAGGUGGUUUGGGUACAUCGUGCGAGACGUGGGGAACUACUCGCUCACCGGGAACUGUUUCGUGUUGAACAGCGGCCUGUUCCUGGCCAGCAGGUAUCCCAUCCUAGACGUGGCCUUCAAACACUUCCCCGAGAAAGCCAGGGAGGAGUACCUCGCCUGUAAAGGACUCCUCAUGGCCAAGGUUUUACUUGGGACCACCAAGGAACAGCAAAGGAUAGUGGGAUACGUUGCCAACACUCAUCUCCAGGCUACAGAAGGUGACGACCAGGUGAGGUUACAGCAGCUCAGCCACAUCCCCACCUGGCUGGAGGAGUUCCGCCAGGACACCUGGCAGGUCAACGACCCCUCCGACCUUGUCAUGUUUGACCUUCUGUGUGGAGACUUCAACUUCAACAACCUUCGAUCCGAUAACAGGGACUUGUGGAGCCACCCGCUGUUUGACCUUUACACCGACCCGUGUCGGACAGCCCCGGGCGAGGACAAGCCAUGGACCGUGGGUACGCUACUGAAGCAGGAGAACAUGCACUACAAGGAGGUGAAUUACCCAGAAGGCCUUGAGAGGAUCCUGAGAGAUGACACAAUGAGAGGCCUGUAUGUGUGUGAUGAGGAAACAGACCUGGGCACGGCCAGCGGUCCGGCCGACAUGUCGGGCAGGCACAGGAUUGACUAUGUCAUGUACCGAGAAGGGUCCCUCUCCAACAACUGUGUGCUGCACCCGGAGGAGGUGUUGUUCAUCGCCCAGCUGGCCAGCCUGACCGAUCACGUCCCCUUCACCUUCAAGUUCUCCUCACGACUCGACGACUUCCAGGGACUCAUCAGCUACGAGUCCGCCCUGUAACCAUGGCAACCACGUCUGUUGCCACAACGAUGGAGUCUGUCACCACGACA